UAUUUUAACACAGUAAUGCAAGAAACGGCCGCUACGAGGGCUCUGACGUCUCUCCUUCUGUCAAUCGGCCAUUGUGUUGUCAUUGUUGUCGCGAUGAGCGCGACUGUCAAGAGUUGUUAUAUACGUAAAUUGGAAAAAUCUCCAUCGAAUGUUUAUCUGCCGGACAACACACCGAUUUUCGUAGGACGCUCGCCGGAAACCGGGAUUACUGACACGAAAUGUUCGCGGCGACAAGUUCGUUUAUGCGCAAACUAUGCGGAGGCUAUUGUCACAGUCCAACAAAUCGGUGAGCAGGCCUGCGGUUUUAAUGGUUUUAAAACUCAGAAGGAUGUAAGAUUUGUAGCAAGACACAAAGAUCGUUUGGAGCUGCUGUAUGGCAAGUAUGCCUAUGAGAUUGAAUUCAAUCCACCGCCAAGUGUAACAAGUUUUUCAUGGAAAAAGAGAUCUUAUGAGCUAGAAACAGAUGAGACUGAAAGCAGAGCAAAAAUGUUGAAGCUGAAUAAUUAUUCCGAUGAAGUCAAGAAGUGCAAAGAAGAAGAAGAAAGAUCAAUCUCAAAUGGAAGUCAUUUCAGUGAAAAAGCAUCCACUACUGGAUCUAGUGCACUCUCUGAAAAUAGCAAUAAUGAUUCAAGUGUAUCUGGAAAGUGGGACAGUAUUGGCAAUGGAAAAUUAUUAAUUUAUACAUCUCCGUUGGUUCAACAUCGAUCAAAAAUAGCUGCAUAUGAUAUGGAUGGUACUUUAAUAAAGACCAAAUCUGGCUUAGUAUUUCCAAAGGACUGUAAUGAUUGGCAAUUGCUGUAUCCUGAUGUACCUGGUCAAUUGAAGCAACUUCAUACGAAUGGAUACAAAAUAGUAAUUUUUACAAAUCAAGCUGGGCUUAGCACUGGUAAAGUUAAGAUCAGCGAUUUUAAACGCAAGAUUGAAAAUAUUGUACGGAAAAUUGGCGCUCCCAUUCAGGUAUUUAUUGCUGUAGGAAAAAGUAUUUAUAGGAAGCCAACAAUUGGUAUGUGGGAAUCGUUGGAACAAGAGAAAAACGGAAAUAUUACAAUCGAUAAAGCUAAUUCAUUUUACGUCGGCGAUGCCGCUGGUCGACCAAAGAAUUGGGCUCCGGGAAAGAAGAAAGAUCAUUCUAGUGUAGAUCGAUUAAUGGCAUUGAAUUUGAGUAUCAAAUUCGAGACGCCGGAAGAACACUUUUUGAAGCACAAAAUGCCGCUUUACGAAUUGCCUAAAUUCAAUCCGAAAAAUCUUUCGCAAACUGACGAUAUAUGCAAGCCUGCGAAUGCGAAGUUAACGUUACAACAACAAGAGAUUAUACUUAUGGUCGGCAGUCCGGGCUCUGGAAAAUCGCAUUUUGCGAGGAAUAAAUUAAAGGAAUAUGAAUAUGUCAAUAGAGAUACUUUACGCAGUUGGCAGAAGUGCAUCAUUGCAGUUGAGCAAAAUUUGAAUCAAGGGAAGAGCGUAGUUAUAGACAACACUAAUCCUGAUCCUGCCACAAGACAAAGAUAUACAGAGAUAUCCAAGAAACGAAAUGUUCCCAUUAGAUGUUUUGUUAUGACGACAAGUAUGGAGCAUGCGAAGCAUAAUAAUAAGUUUCGCGAGUUGACUGAUCCAAGCCACAUUCCGGUCAACGAGAUCAUCAUAAAUUCUUACAUGAAAAAUUAUGUGCCACCAACUUUAGAAGAAGGCUUCAAAGAAAUAGUAGAAAUCAAUUUUAUUCCAAAUUUUCGUAAUGAGCAGGAUCGAAAGCUCUACGAAAUGUAUUUACUUGAAAAUUGAAUUGAACUGUGGUGAUUUAUUGCUUAUACACACACAAAUAGUUAAUUAUACAUGAUGUAAAUUGAAAUCCGUCGCUUUUACCACGCACAUUUAUUUUCAAUAUAAUAACACCAGCAAUCAUG